UGACAUCAAAAGAAAACGAUACAAUUAACGUGAGCUGUCAUGUCGAAUAUGCGGGGAGCAGAGAUGAUUCACAGAAACCAAAUAUAACGUGGGAACUAAAUGGCGUUGUCCAGGCAAAAGAGACUGAGGAGACGACACCUGGGUUGUCCAGGUCUACGUUUCGCAAGAGAGCUUCUCAUUUGGAUGAUGGGAAAGAACUGAAUUAUUCGAUCAAAGUACUGAAUGUCGAACAACGCUGUUCCAUUAAACUUGAUAUACAAUAUCCAGCUCAGAAGCCUGUCCUUCACUUUGAUGGUAACGCUAUCGAAGGCAAGACAGUCGUGUAUGUCACAGAAGGAUAUAACGUACAUUUACAUGGCAUAUCCCGAGGUAACCCUCAACCUGUAUACAAAUGGAAUUAUCAUUGGAAUGUAACCAAUGAAGAGUCAGGAGAUACAAAGCGAGUUGACCACAUACAACAAAACCAGACUGGGAUAUAUAGAUGUUGUGCGUCGAAUGUGCUAAACAAGAAGAUAUCAUACAGUGAAAUAACGCUUCGUGUUGUCGCAAAGGCAUCAACGCACGCAUAUCGUAACAACCAGACCAUGACAUACAUACUUUUAGCCGUAAUUGGAAUUCUCGUAAUUAUCAUCAUUCUACUACUCUUCCGAAUAAAAAAAGUAAAAAGAGACAGAUUUAGACAUUUAACCCGACCUGCUCAUAGAAGGAUUGCUCAAUAGAAUCUACAAGUUAACCAGUGGUAAAUAUUCCACCUGUUAAAGCCUUAAGUAUGAGGAAGAAAAUACUAUAACUUUAACUCCUCCGGACUGGUAUUAUUUAAAAGGGGAUGAGCCCGAAUUUUAUUAACAGUAUACAAUGAUUUCAAUAAAAAUCAGAAGUUAAAUCAAACAAUAAUA